CUGGACAGCAGCCAAAGUGAACAACCUGUGAACCAGGCACGGGAGGGACAGUGGCAUUUCCACAGAAAACAUCAGCACCGAAGGAGGGUUUCUCCUGCCACACUUCCAAAAUGAAAAUUGAUAUUCAUAGCCACAUUCUGCCCAAGGAAUGGCCUGACCUGAAAAAGAGAUAUGGAUAUGGUGGAUGGGUGCAGCUGGAUCAUCAUUGCAAGGGACAGGCAAAGAUGAUGAAGGAUGGGAAGGUUUUUAGAGUCAUUCAAGAGAACUGCUGGGAUCCAGAAGUACGGAUUAAAGAGAUGGACCUGUCAGGAGUCACAGUCCAAGCCCUUUCCACAGUCCCUGUUAUGUUCAGCUACUGGGCCAAACCUCAGGACGCUUUAGACCUAGCCCAGAUGUUAAACAAUGACUUGGCUGCUACAGUGAAGAAGUACCCCAAGAGGUUUGUGGGGCUGGGCACGUUACCCCUGCAAGCCCCAGAGCUGGCUGUGAAGGAAAUGCAUCGCUGUGUGAGGGAACUGGGAUUUCCUGGAGUGCAGAUAGGAUCUCAUGUCAACCAGUGGGACCUGAAUGCCCCAGAGCUGUACGAUGUUUAUGCUGCUGCUGAAAAAUUGAAUUGCUGUCUCUUUGUGCAUCCCUGGGACAUGCAGAUAGAUGGGAGGAUGUCCAAAUAUUGGUUUCCCUGGCUAAUAGGCAUGCCAACAGAAACAACCAUGGCCAUUUGCUCCAUGAUUAUGGGAGGAAUUUUUGAAAAAUUUCCUAAGCUGAAAGUUUGCUUUGCACAUGGAGGUGGAGCUUUUCCAUACACAGUGGGGAGAAUCUCCCAUGGAUUCAACGUGCGCCCUGACUUGUGCGCGAUGGAUAACAAGGUGGAUCCAAGGAAAUACCUUGGCUCGUUUUACACAGACUCUCUUGUCCAUGACCCAGGUGCACUAAGGCUGCUAACAAGUGUCAUAGGAGAGGACAAAGUCAUGUUGGGGACAGAUUACCCUUUCCCACUUGGGGAACUGGAACCUGGAAAAUUGAUCGAUUCCAUGGACGAUUUUGACCAUAAACUGAAGGAUAAACUCAAGGCUGGAAAUGCUCUGGAAUUUUUGGGUCUUAGCAGAAAACAAUUUGAAUAAUUAUGAAGAUCCUAAAGAGGCUCAACUGUGGAUGCUUCUGUUGGCAUAUGAAAUUGUGCAGGUGGCAAGUAUCUAACACUCUCCUGUUAUUUCCAAAAUAAAAGCAAGGGUACUGGAAAUGAGUAUGCACAGGUAUUGCUGUGCAUUUGAGGAUUUAGGCUCUUUUUAAACAAUUCUGAAAUCCCUGCUCUCAUAAUAAAGGAGAGAUAUCACCUUUUGCAGUUGUAAUGAGAAUCUCUGAAUUAUGAUCCAUGUCAUGGUAUUAGGACUUGAUUCUCAGGAAAGAAAGAGCUGAGAAAAUUAUAUACCCAUGACAUUUCGGUCUUUGUUAUGAGCAAUAAACGGAGUUUGAAAGAAUCUUAAAACAGAAUUCAAGCAGAACUUUGUUGAUGCCCAGUAAAAGGCAACACUUGCCUGUACCCACUGCUGGGAAGUGCAUCAUGCCAUGCUCAGCUCAGCACUGCAAGGGUGUGCACUGAUGCUUUGUCAGUGUUGUGACAGGAUGAAAAAAGGUCUGUGUGGGGAACUUUACAUUUUAGCUGCCACCUACACCACUGGCAACUUACUCACCAGAAACAGUUUGGACAAUACGGUUGUAGGUGCAGAAAUAACGUAUUUUGUGUGGGUAAUACAUGAUAUGUCACUGUCACAAUAAAUACUAGUGUUUAGCAACA